AUGGAAAAUUAUUAUUUAAAAAAAAAAAAAAAAAUUAGAUAUAAAGAAUUAUAUAUAACAACGUUCUUAACUCAUGGGGGAUCAAAUUUAAUUUCUAAAUUUAUUGUAUCACCUUUAGAGAGAAUUGUAAUUAUUAAACAAACACAACCAGUUUUAUUUAGAAAUGUUUUAGUUCAGUCAUCUUUUACUUACAAAAAUAUAAUAAGAAGUAUUUAUAUGAAUCAAGGUUUGACAUGUUUUUGGUGGGGAUAUAAUGCGAAUAUUUUGAAUUUUCUAUCGUUUAGUUUUUUAAGAUUACUAUUUCAUGACAAAAUAAAAUAUAUUCUAUCAUUAGAGAAUAAUAAAAAUAAUUUUUUAAUGAACUUUUUUUUAUUAUAUGCAUCAAGUUGCUUGGCUGUAUCAAUUACAUAUCCAUUAGAUGUAGCUCAUACCUAUAUGACUUUGAAUCACGAAAAAAUAAAAAAUAAAAAAUUAUACAACAGAAGUAUUUUUUUUUUUAUAUAUGAUCAAUUAUUAAAAAAAAAAAUUAGAAAUAUAUACUGUGGAUACAGCUUAUGUCUUCUUAAUUUUAUUCCAUAUUUGUUGAUAACAACAAAGUUGAAUGAUUUAUUUACAAAAUAUUUUAUUGAAUUACAUUUGAAUAGAAAUAAUGAUGAGUUAAUAAAUAUUGAAAAGGGUAGGCACAUAAGUGAAGAAUAUAAGAAAUUAUUCAACAAAUCUCCUAGUUUUUUUUUUUAUAUCUUUUUAGGGGUAUUAACCGGCUAUACAGCACAAAUAAUAACAUACCCUUUAGAAACAAUCAGAAAAAAAUAUCAAUAUUAUAAAUUGUAUGAACAAAAUUUUCCCAAAUCAUUAAAUCAUUAUAAUUAUCUAAACAAUACAAAAACAAAACAUAUUGUAAACAGAAUUUCUAAUAAUUAUAAAGGAUUUUUAAUGCAUUCCUUUAAGUUAAUACCUGAAUACUUUAUUUUUAGUUUUUUUUUUUAUUAUGUUAAGAAUAAUAUGCCAAUAUAA